CUAUCUCAUCAUUCCACAAGUCCACAACAGUUAAGCAUUAACAGUAAUCCAGCUUAUUAUUAGUGCUGAAAACACUGGUGUACCUUUAAACACAAACAAAUUAAACAUGGUUAAGUCCAUGGGUUACUUUGUUUUUGUUGUUCUCCUGACACUUGCCCCUAUCUGCUUCUCUCAUAAACCACAAGUGGGGUACCUCUUCCCUCAGUUCUACGACCACUCGUGCCCUCAACUGCAACAGAUAGUCAAGUCCAUUGUUGCUCAGGCGGUUGCCAGGGAUCGCAGAAUGGCUGCUUCCUUGCUUAGGCUUCAUUUCCAUGAUUGCUUCGUUAAGGGAUGUGAUGCCUCACUGCUGCUAGACAGCGGUGAAGGCAUAGUCUCAGAGAAGGAGUCAAAGCCUAAUAAAAACUCUAUUCGAGGGUUUGAGGUCAUUGAUGAGAUCAAGGCUGCAGUAGAGAAAGCAUGUCCCCAUACUGUCUCUUGUGCUGAUAUCCUUACAAUAGUUGCCAGAGAUUCAAGUGUUAUUGCUGGCGGACCAAGCUGGGAAGUUCCCCUGGGAAGAAGGGAUUCCAGAGGAGCAAGUAUACAGGGAUCUAACAACGACAUUCCUGCUCCUAACAACACAUUUAACACCAUUCUUACCAAGUUUAAACGCCAAGGCCUUAACCUUGUUGACCUUGUUGCUCUCUCAGGUGCUCACACAAUAGGUAAUGCAAGAUGCGUCAGCUUCAGGCAAAGGCUCUACAACCAGAAUGGAAAUGGGCAGCCUGACUUCACACUUGACCCAGCAUAUGCUUCUAAAUUGCGAAAUCAAUGCCCGCGGUCUGGUGGUGACCAAAACUUGUUCUUCUUAGAUUAUGUAUCCCCCUUCAAUUUUGAUAACAGCUACUACAAGAACAUAUUGGCUAACAAUGGGCUGUUGAACUCGGACCAAAUUUUGUUAACCAAGAAUCAAGAAUCAAUGCAACUAGUGAAACAAUAUGCCGAGAACAUGGAGCUUUUCUUUGAUCAUUUUGCCAAGUCCAUGAUAAAUAUGGGUAACAUCACCCCAUUGACAGGCCCAAAAGGAGAGAUCAGGCAGAACUGCAGACGGAUAAAUUCAUAUUAAGAUCCUCUAUACUUCUCUGUAUUUACUCUUAUUGGUGUCUCAGUUGAUAUAUGGUGUAAUAUAUUUUGCAAUUUCAAUUGUUUUCCAUAUUCAAUAUAUGUGUCAAUGUGUGUUUGAAGCGGAGUAAUUGCUGCCUGCAGCAAGCUCUGUGAUAAAUUGUAUACAGUCUUUUUCGGUUGAAAUAAAUUAUUGCUAAUCUCA